AUGUCAAGCACAAGUAAUUAUCGUUUACGUCCAGUUAAUUCAAAUAUGUCAUCAAGUGGUAGUGGUACCGGAGGAGGAAGUGGAAAUUCUCAAUAUUAUCCUUCAUCAGCACAACCAACAACGUUACCAACUGUUGCACCGCCAACAUGGACAUAUUCUUCGCCUAGUCAAUUAGCGCGUAAAUAUGCAAAUAUUGCACCAAUUUGGUGUCAUAUAACUAAACCACGACAAUUAAAAAAAAAAUUUGCAUCAACAUUUCAUCAAGCUCAAAGUUUAGUAAGUUUUUAUAAUGAAGAUCGUGCACCAAGUGAGAGACGUUCAUCAAUUAAUAGCACAAAUAACGCAAAUAAUUCGUCAAAUAAUAAUAAUUUUUCAUCAGCAAAACAAACAAAUUACGAUGAUCAUAAUUAUCAUCGUCAUUAUCCAACAAAACCGUCUAUUCCACAUUAUAAUUAUGAUCAAAAUUCAACGAUAAGUUCGAAUGAUACAUCUGUUGCACCAACAAAAAGUAUUUUAUCAUCGUCGAAUAAGAAAAAAUAUAGUGGUGGUGCAUUAACAACAAAUAUUACAGCAUCACAACGUAGUGUUCAAUCACCAAUAGAAGAAAAAUUUCAAAAUCCAAGUGAACGUAAAGCACGUAUUGAUCAAUUAAAAGAUCUUGUAUUCAAUACACGCGUUAAAGAUACAAUGAUUGGUCGAACAGAUUCAAAAAAUCGUAGUACAACAAAUUUAUCUAAAAAAUCUGGUUCAUUUAAACGUGUAGAUAGUUUUAAUCAAAAUCAAACUUCAAAUGCUUUGGAUAAUGAUUAUGAUCAUCACUAUCAUAAUCCAUCAACACGAAAUAAAGAUGUUGAUGGUCAUUGGAAUCGUAAAGAUUCAAAUGCUUCAUUGACAUCAUCGUAUCAACCACCUUCUCCAUCUUAUCAUACUCACCAUCAAUCAUCACACUAUCAGCCACAUUCUAUAACACGACCUCAUUAUGGUGUUGGUACAACAAAUAGUUUAAGUCAAAGACAUAAUCCAAUGAACAGUAAUAAUAAUGAUGAUCGUUAUACUACAAAUACAUCGACGACAAAUUCAACAAUAACUCCUCAUAGUACGGUUUCAGAACAAAUUCCAUUAAACGCCGGUGUUACACCAACAUAUAAUUAUGAUUAUUUACGUGCAAAAUCUAAAGAACAUCCUCGUCCACCAUUCGAUUAUGAUUCAACACGUAUACAAAAUUCAAUAUUAACAAAUGAUACACCAAUACAUAGUUCCUCUGGUGUUAGCACAUCAAAUCCUUAUCGGGCAUUUGAUGAUCAUGGUUAUGUAAAUAAAGUUGUACCAACAUCUGAUAAAAAUCUAACUUAUACAUCUGUAACAUCAUAUCCUAGUUAUCAGACACCUGGUUCAUCAAAACGUCGUAUUAAAAAAUAUUUGUUAGCAAAAGGAUUUCAUCAAACUGAACCAAUUGUACAAAAUUUUGAAAAUAUGACAAUUGAAGAUGGUGAAAAUGAAGUUCCACCAGUAAUCACCCCUGUUACAGCGGCACUUAUAAAAAAUAAAAAUACAUCUUCUACUUCACCACCACCACCACCCAUUCCGGUUUUACCAGUACUUCAUUCAUCACCUCUUCCUCGUUUACCCGCAAUUUCGCCAAUUGUCGACGAUACAAAUGUUAAUUAUCAACAAUCAUCAAAUAAUAUAUUUUCAACUCCAAAUGCCCAAUUAUCACCCGAACACAAUGAUUAUACAAAUGCAAAUGGUACGAUUGAUAAUAAUGUAAAUGUUACGGACACGACCAAUGACAGUAACUUAGAUAAUUAUUAUCCUAGCCCGGUUAUUAAUAAUACGAUAUUAUCGUCUUCAUUGACAAAUCUAGUCAACAACAACAAUAACAAUAAUAAUAAUAAAAAUAACAAUAAUAAAACAAAAACGUCUCAAUUUCACAGUAAUUCAUUAAUUGAAUUGACUAAACCAUUGAGUACAGUUGAUGUUAAUAUUGAUACUAAACAACAAGAACAAAACCAAGUUCUUCCUGCCAUUGAUGAGGGUUCUACACCAAGACGUCAUUCAUCAUCUGCUGAACGCCAUCGUAGGAAACGUCACAAUCGACACGAUUCAUCUGAACAUCGUCGACGAGAGAGUUCUGAAAGUACAACAAGACAUCGAAAGAAAAAUCAAAAACGUUCAGUAUCAACACCUAAUAAGGAAGUUGAUGUAUCAAUAAGCGCUCGAGACAUGAUCGAAUAG